UACUAGUAAUAAUAGGAAUAGUAACACAAAAUAAUAAUAAAUCAAAACACUAUCACAUUCCAUUCAUUUGAUUUCCAUUUCUCCCAUUCCUCUCUCGUGUGUCGCCGAUGGCCACCAUGGAGCGCCGGAAAACGAUGACCAUGAACUGGGAUGGCCUCGGCGACGACGAUGACGACGACCACUUCUUCGAGACCUACAACCGCCUCUCCGCCGCCGUGCCGCAGGACCUCGCCGACGACGAUAACGAUUUCGAAGACAGCCGCCUCUCCUUCGCCUCCACCAUCUCCUCCACCCUCUCCAUCAAGCCCCGAACCUCACACUUCUCCGCAAACUUCACCGGAAAACCAAACUACGAAAUCUGGAUGGCCGCUCCGGGAUCCAUCUCCGAACGCAGAAGAAGGUUGCUCGGCAGCAUGGGCCUCGACGAGAACAAGGAGCUCCUCCAAGCCACCAGCGCCGCCAUCGCCCGUGCCAUCACGAAAAAAUUCGAAAACAACAAUGGCAUCAUCAACAACGAUAACAACAACAACAACAACAACAACAACAGCAGUUACGCUAUCAAUUCCACCGCCGUUGAUGUUGGGAAACAGAAACCGUCGAACUCGCCGGUAUACGUCCUCGUCCGGUCGCGGUCCGAGGGCGACAUCGGCUCCUUCUCAAUGGAGAAAUCGAGGAAGGAGGAGAUAAUAGGAAAGGUAUCAAAGCAGCGGUUGACGAGAACCGCUACGGAGGUUGCUCAGCGGCGGCACGCCGGCGCUGAGAACAACCGAAUGGUGGUGAAAGACGUGCCUGCUGCUGGGGAUUCACCUGUGCAUCAGGUGAACCGCCAGGUGGUGACGGCGGCCAUGGGAAUGGGCGACCUGGGGGCGUUUUUUCUAAUAAAGAACCUGGACACGGGAAAAGAGUUUAUAGUAAACGAAUACGGAGAAGACGGCACGUGGAACAGGCUGAGCGAUUUGCAGACUGGAAAACAGUUAACGAUGGAGGAGUUCGAGAAAACGGUGGGGCAUUCCGCGGUUGUGAAAGAGGUUAUGAGGCGCGCCAACGUGUCGCGCCACAGCGAUAAGAAGCUUUCUUCAAACUCCUACAUUUCGAGGAGUUUGAGAUUAAGCAAGAGGCGUGGUGCUUCUUUGUUGAGGAACAUAAAGGGCGUUGCGAGUGGAUUCGUCGGGGAGCGUGAGGCGUCGGUGGCGGCGCCUCAAGCGGCGGUGGGGAAGAACGAGUGGGUGCGCGUGAGGCAGAGCGGGAAGUCGCAGAAGGAGCUAUCGGCGCUGCACCUGUGCCAGGAGUUCCAGGCUCACGAAGGGUGCGUGUGGACGAUAAAGUUCAGUUUGGAUGGUAGGUAUUUGGCAAGUGCUGGGGAGGACAAGGUUAUACACGUCUGGGAGGUGCAGGAGUGUGAGGUUAUGUCCUUGAAACCCGACUUGAAGAAGAAAGGUAAGAAAGGGGGUGCUUCUGCCAUUCCCGAAUAUGUUCAUGUUCCCGAAACUGUUUUUACUCUAUCCGAGAAGCCUUAUUGUUCUUUCACUGGCCAUUUGGAUGAGGUCUUGGAUUUGUCUUGGUCCAGAUCUCAGUUACUUCUCUCGUCUUCCAUGGAUAAAACAGUGAGGUUGUGGGAUUUGGAAACCAAGUCAUGCUUAAAAUUCUUUGCACAUAAUGACUAUGUGACCUGCGUGCAGUUCAACCCCAUGGAUGAAGACUAUUUCCUUACUGGCUCCCUUGAUGCCAAGGUCAGAAUGUGGAACAUCCCUGCACGUCUCGUUGUGGAUUGGAUUGAUAUCCAUGAAAUGGUUACUGCUGUUUCUUACACCCCUGAUGGCCAGGGUGUUCUAGUUGGUACACAAAAAGGAAAUUGUCGAACUUACAGCUUAGAAGAUUACAAGUUAACUCAAUCUGGCACAGUUGAGCUUCGAAACAAAAAGAAAUCUCAGCUGAAAAAGGUUACCGGUUUCCAGUUUGCCCCAAAUAAUCCAUCAGAAGUGCUUGUUACUUCAGCUGAUUCCAGGAUAAGAAUUGUGGAUGGUUCCCAAGUUGUUCAAAAGUUUAAAGGUUUUCGAAAUGCAAGCAGCCAAAUGGCAGCUUCAUUUACUACAAGUGGAAGGUACAUCAUAAGUGCAAGUGAAGACUCACAAGUGUAUGUUUGGAAGAACGAAGAGGCUCGCACUCCAAGCUCCGGAAAAGCAAGGAGUCUGAUUGUUAACCAAUCUCACGAGCACUUCCCAUGUAAAGAUGUUUCAGUUGCAAUACCUUGGCCUUGUACCAUAAGGGGUGAUCCACCAUCAGUGCCAAUGCAAAACCCCAAAAAGAACUCAAAACGUUCACAAGAGGACACUCCAGCGAACAGCAAGAGAAUGUUGCCACCUCUUCCAAAGAAAAGCAACAACCACGCCACAGAAAGUGCACCAGGCUCCCCAGAACAUGACCCUGCAGCGAUUUCGCGCACAGAAUCCGGAAUUGGAGACUCAUUUGGGAACAGCAAGAGAAUGUUGCCACCCCUUCCUAAGAAAAGUAACAACCAUGCAACAGAAAGUGGUGACUCCCCUAUAGAUGAAGAACUUGAAGCAAUUUCUAGGACAGACACGGGAUUAGGUGAUUCAUUUGCUUCAAGCUAUGGUGAUCCAGCUUCUAUAUCUGCUUCAGGUACUCCAUCAAAUGCAUCUUGGUCUUCCAAUUACUCAUCAUAUGAUGGUUGCAAUGGUGCCUCAUCAAUACACCCUUCAGCAUGGGGCUUGGUGAUUGUGACAGCAGGGUUUGGAGGUGAAAUUAGGUGUUAUCAGAAUUUUGGUCUGCCUCGGAGGAUGAGACAGGCCAAUAUCUUUUUGGGACCUACAUAAUAUAACAAAUAACAUCUUUCUCCAUGGCAAAUUAUUAACUUAGCAGCUUUUUCCCUUUUGAAAGAUUGGAAGGGAGGAAUGGGAUGUGAUAAAUGUAGUAAAUUCACUUUUUUCUCAUUAGAUUGGCAUGUGAUGUGGCAAUUUUGGUACCUGUAUCCCUAUGGUUAGUAAGUUAUACUAACAUUAUAGACAAAAUACAAGAAUGCAGAUGACAUUCAAACCCAUUAAAUGGGAGAAAAAGUUGGCAGCAUAAGAUUAGAGACAUUAAGUUAAGCAAUUAUUUUUUUCUGUUUGAUUGAA